AUGGCAGUGAUGAUGUCGACUAGGCAAAGAAACUUGAUCGACACAAGAGGAAAAAUGGCACAAGGGGUGCAGCGCUACUUUGCUGAGGACAAGCGGCCGGCGGUGUGCGUCUCGAGAGAAAUGAUGAAGAGAAAGAUGGCCGGCGUCAGUGGGCAGAGAUCAGACUUCCGGCGAGCCCCUGUUGGCCGUGAUCCAGAGAGGGAGACCGGAAAUGCCCACCGCUCGUCGCGGAUUUUGGUUGCCUCACCCUCAGCUCUUGUUAUUUCAGCGUCGAGAACUCGUUCAUCGAGUGUUGGAAAGACGUCGCUGAUGAACCAAUAUGUGCACAAAAAGUUCACGCAACAGUAUAAGGUCACCAUUGGCGCUGAUUUUGUCACCAAGGAAAUUCUAGUUGAUGACAGACUCGUUACCUUGCAGAUUUGGGAUACUGCAGGACAAGAAAGAUUCCAGAGUUUUGGUGUUGCAUUCUACAGAGGAGUUGACUGCUGCGUCUUGGUCUAUGAUGUUAAUGUCCGAAGAUCAUUUGACACUCUUGAUAAUUGGCAUGAUGAAUUUCUUAAUCAGGUCCAUAGUAUUAUCUCUUUGGCUUUCUAGCCU